GAUAAAGGAACAAAGGAACAAAGAAACAAACAAACAAAGAAAGAGAGUUUGUAUAGCUUUGUUUAUUUUUGGAUUACACUCGUUUUUUUGGGAGAGGUGAAUUUUUUAGAAAGAGGCUUGGCUUUGAAUACUGUGCCAAGGCAUUUUUUUUAUACUUUUUUUACAAAGAGAAGGGCUUCUAGGGGGAGACUGUGGAUUAUAGGAGAGUGCAUUCUACGUGAUGGGUGGUGAGGAGAAGAAAGACACCCAGCUCCACGGCACCACGCCCGUGGACGAAAAAGUCCUACGAGCUGACCACGACCGUGCCGCCGCAACAGAAGGCAUCACCACGUCCCACAAUGACUCCUCCACCGACUCCUCCUCCGACGCCAUAGGUCUCCACAUCGUCCCCUCCAAAACCCACAGCCGCAUCUCCCGCGACGGCGACAAGCUCUCCUUCCACGACCCCGAAAAAGGCGUCAUCAGCGCCGCCGUCCUCCCCUCCCCCUCGCAGAGCACACGCGCCCUCACCCUCCGCGAGGACGAGAACUUCUACCCCGAGGGCGGCCUUCAGGCAUGGCUCGUUGUGUUCGGAUCGCUGUGCUCGCUGCUCGCGGCUCUGGGGGUGAUGAAUACGCUGGGCUCGUUCCAGGCGUAUAUUAGCAGGAAUCAGUUGAGGGAGUAUAGUGAGGGAGAGAUUGGGUGGAUUUUUAGCAUGUAUGCGUGUUUGGCUUUUGGGUUUGGGGUCAUUGUUGGGCCGGUUUUUGAUAAGCAUGGGGCGAGGUGGUUGAUGCUUGUGGGGUCGGCGGGGGUGGUGACGAGUUUGAUGCUGUUGAGUGUUUGCGAGACAUACUGGCACUUCAUGCUCGUCUUCGGCAUCCUCGGCGGUGCCUCCACAUCUCUCAUCUUCGCCCCCGCCAUCGCCUCAAUCGGCCACUGGUUCAAAGCCCGCCGCGGCUUCGCCACCGGCAUCGGCGCCACCGGCGGCGCCCUGGGAGGCAUCGUCUACCCCCUCAUGCUGCAGUACCUCAUCCCCCAACUCGGCUGGGCAUGGGCAACCCGCUGCCUCGGCUUCCUCUCCAUCUUCCUCCUGUCCAUCGGCUGCGUCCUCGUCCGCGGCCGCCUCCCGCCGGAGCACAACAGCAGCGCUAAACCGGACUUGGGGAUCUUCCGCGAUGGGGUGUUCGCGCUCACUGUUGCGGCGGUGUAUUUGCUCGAGUGGGCGCUGUUUGUGCCGCUGACGUAUAUCAGUAGUUAUGCGUUGCACGCGGGGUUUACUGAGGCUUUCUCGUAUCAGUGCCUUAUUAUACUGAAUAUUGGGUCGGUUUUUGGGAGAUGGCUGCCGGGGUUUUAUGCGGAUAAGAUUGGAGCCUUCAACACGAUGAUUCUCACUACCAUCCUAUCAGUCGUUAUGGUGCUCGGCGUGUGGUUACCAGCUGGGACGACUAUGCCGGGGUUAAUCAUCUUCUGCCUCUUCUUCGGCUUCGCGUCAGGAUCGAACAUCGGAUUGACAUCAGUCUGCAUCGGCAAGCUCUGCCGCACCGAGAACCUGGGCCGCUACUUCGCCACCUGCUACACCAUCGUGAGCAUCGGGUGCCUUACUGGGAUUCCCAUCGCCGGUGAGAUCGUCAAGGCGAACCACGGCGAGUAUUGGGGCCUGAUGACGUUUACGGGGGUGUGUUAUGCCGGUGGGCUGGCGGCGUUUAUUGUGGUCAGGAUCAUUAAGGUGGGGUGGGAUGUUAAGGCUGUUUAUUAGGAGGGAAAGACGGCUGUUGCUUUUGGUUUAUUGGGAAAAAGAGGGUUUUGGGGCGCAGAUGCUGGGAGGAUCGGCAGUGGCAUGAGCAUGGCGUUUAUUGGAUAUUGGCAUUUUUUUGGGUGGCAUGUUUGGAUUGGGUUUUUGGCUUGGAUGGUCUUAUUGAAGCUAUAACUUCUGACUCAUAGCGAGGUGCCUACUUCUGGGUAGUUAAUUCAAUUAAGAGAUUAAUAAUAAUUAUCUUAUGG